AUGUCCACUGAGUCCAUUGCGCCAAGCGGGGCACGCAGCGUGGAGAGGAAUGGACUUGUUUCCGGACUGGAGCAAGUCCCUUCGACUGUACUUGCGGUCGCUGGAGCACGGGUAUACCAUACCAAACUGAACGCCAAAGACACACAAUGGAACUACUCCCAGUGGAAGGGUACGUUGUCAUUCGGAAGGGACAUCGACACCCCCAUCUCGCGGACAAACAGCGCGAGCGACACAGAAAAAUACUGGUUCCGCCUUGCCGACGACGAAACAGGGAGGACGGUGUGGAUGUUCAAAUUUCCGGAGCAGUUUGAGUAUCUUGUCGACCGACCGUUCUUCCACGUUUUUCAGGGAAGGACACGACGCUAUGGCUUCCUCUUCAACGACGACGACGAAGCUUCUAUGUUCGGAAAUGAGGUCAUCAACAGGAUUUACAACGGCAGUCAGUAG